AUGCUGCCGCCUCUCUGCCUGCUGCUCCUGCUGCUGCUACCACCCUUGGGGGCCACCACUGCCCUCCCCCUGGAGGGCGGCCUCACCAGCCACGACAGAGACAGCGGGCAUAUGCAGGAAGUGGCAGAAAUAAAGAAAAACAGCCUGUUGACUUUCCUGGCAUGGUGGCAUGAAUGGAUGUCCCAGGCCAGGGAGGUGCCCUUCGUGGGAGGGGAGACCAGGGAAAUGCCCAAGAAGCAGGAAGGGCUGCCCCGCCAACAGGCCUCGCGUGGAGAUAGAACGCCCUGUGGGAAUUUCUUCUGGAAGACCUUCUCGUCCUGCAAGUAA